GGUCCUGCAGCCUUGCCUUGGUGGAGUCUCUCCAGCUGUCUCCUAACCUGGCCAGUCGUCACAGAGAGGGUGGUGGUCAUAGUCUCGGUGGUGGAAGAGCCCUUUGAUGUGGAGGGCUCUGAGUCCAUGCAGCUCACCAGAGGGGGGAGGGGGGGAGGCAGCCGAGGUGUUUGUGAGGUGAGGUGUGAGGAGGAGACAGAUGAGGGCUGUGAACUAAACCUGUUGAAGAAAGAGUUUAGCUCGUUGGAAAGAGUUUAGCUCGUUGGCCCUCUCCAGGGAGCCCCCUGGUUGUCGCCCUCCAACCUUGAAGCCAGUAAUCCGCUUCAUCCUGGUCCACACCUCCUUCACGUUGUUCUGCUGGAGUUUGGCGUCAACAGGAUCAGGUUGUGAUCAGACCUGCCAAGGGGGGGAAGGCAGUGGCACUGUAUGCAUCCUUAGCAUUAGCAAACAGAAGGUCCAGAGUUGUAUUAUUCCUUGUGGGGCAGUCAACAUACUGGUGAAAAGUUGGCAGGGCUUUAUCCAGAGUGGUGUGGUUAAAGUCUCCAGUAAUCACCAAAAAUGCACCAGGAUGUUGACUCUGUAGUCCAGAUACAGUGGAGUGGAUUGUGUCCACUGCUGCCUCUGCGUCAGCUGAUGGAGGGACAUACACAUCGACAACAAUGGCGGAUGAGAAUUCCCUCGGCAAAUAAUAAUGACGCAUCCCAACGGCUAACAGUUCAAUGUCCGGGCUUUCUUCACAAGCGUUUCUUCACACACACAUAGUCAGGAUUGCACCACCUCUCUUCUUACUGCUUUAUUACCUCAGUAAACAUAAGUUUAUGGCCUCAAUCUCUAGUUUCAAGUCUUUGCUCUACAGCGAUGUUCUUGUCGCUGUCUGUGGUGCUGAUCAGAGAUCAAUAUACUCAGUAUUGAUUAUUUAUUAUUGGAAACUUUAUUUAGCAUUUAAUGAAUUGAGUUCCAGUCUGUAAAUUAAAACCACGUUUGUACAUUUGAGCCUCCACAAUGUUCCAUUAGAGCAGCGACUGAUCGACGACCUGAUGACAUUUAGUUAGUUUCUAGGAAACAACAAGUUAAAAGCACAUUAACCUUCACCAUGACAUUAAAUAAUCAGGUCACAUAUUUUGAUGAGUUGUGAGUGCAGAGAGUUAAUGGAUCACUCUGAGCCGGAUCAAUAAUCUUCCCUCAUCAAUGGAUCCCAUAUAAAGAGCUGCAGCAGGACCAGAAGGUCCACAGAGACCAGUGAGACCUGAGACCAUGAGUCAUCCCCCCCCCCCGACCAUGAGGUCCACUCUCUGCUCUCUGGGAGGACACUGCACCUCCUUCAGGACGUCGAGGCUCCUCCCCCUGCCUGGCCACGCCCCCGCUCACCUGCAGCCUCACCUGUUCCCUACCGUGGACGUUCCCGACCACGCCCACUACAUCAUCGGCUCCGUCGUCCUGUCGGUGGGGGUGACGGGCAUGCUGGGAAACGCUCUGGUCGUCUACGUGUUCUGUCGCUGUCGGACACUGCGGUCGCCCAACAACCUUCUCGUGGUCAACCUGGCUGUCGCAGACUUCCUGAUGUCUCUGACGCAGACGCCGGUCUUCUUCGUGGCCAGCCUCCACCGCCGCUGGGUGUUCGGGGAGCUCGCCUGUGAGCUGUACGCUUUCUGCGGGGCAUUGUUCGGCAUCACCUCCAUGAUGACGCUGACAGCGAUUGUGGCGGGCCGCUGCCUGGCCAUCACAUGGCUGUUGUCCCUGCUGGGGGCGAGUCGUGUGCGGCUGCUGGCGGUGCUGGGGGGGGCUUGGCUGUAUUUUCUGGGCUGGAGUCUGCCCCCAUUCUUCGGGUGGAGUGCCUACGUCACCGAAGGCCUGCAGGCAUCCUGCAGUUGGGACUACAUGAGCUUCACCGCCGCCGUGCACACCUACACCGUCCUGCUGUUCGACUACGUCUUCUUUGUCCCUCUCGGUCUGAUCGGCGGCUGCUACUUCGUCAUCUUCCGGGCGGUGUGGCGGGCGGGGCGGGAUGUCGAGCGGCUGAGCUGCGGAGAGACUAACAAGGCGUACCGGCGUCUGCGCAGCGAGUGGCCGAUGGCUAAAGUGGCUCUGGAAGUGAUCCUGCUGUUCGUCAUCUCCUGGUCGCUGUACUCCGCGGUCGUUCUGACUGCCACAGCCGGCUACGCCCACCUGCUGACGCCCUACAUGAACUCCGUUCCUGCCGUCAUCGCUAAGGCCUCUGCCACCCACAACCCGAUCAGACGCGUCACGCACUCAAAGUACUGCGCCGCCAUCGGCCGCUGUGUCCUGCUGCUGCGUCCUCUGCUGCGGCUGUGGCUGCAGAAGGACCUGCGCUCGUCCUUCAGCUCCGGUGACGCUUCAUCUCGUCGAGCAACGCUCGGCAGUCUGAGCUCGCCGGGCAUUUGGCUUGGUGCCGGCGUCUGCCGGGGGAAGAGCCGGCUGUCCUCGGCGUCUGACAGUGAGUCCUGCUGGAUGGAGAGCGAAACCGAUGGAUCCACCGCCGGGUCAACGACAUUCAUCACCAGACAGGUGUCCACAGAUGUCACCGCAGACGCCGACAUCACCAUUAACGCAAAAGCCGACACCAACGCCAAAGCCAAUACCGACCUCAACACCAACACUGACACCAACCCCAACGUCAACACCAACCCCAACGUCACCGCCAACACCGACCCCAACGUUACCCCCAACGUCACCGCCAACCCCAUCGCCGAGGCCAACGCCGCCCUUCUCAGCCUGCAGAGUGGACCGCCGGCUGACGGUGUCUCAGGACAUGACACUGACUCUCCUGAUGGGGCUGCAUGGCUCUGCCCCCUUCACACGCCAACAGGACUCAAUUAAAGAAAAAAAGACCAAGCUGUCUUAUUUCCAGGAGGAAGUCCUCAGAUUGUUUUGUUACUGAUCAAAGGUUUUGAUACAUAUAUAUACUAGUGCUGGGCAAGUUAACACGUUAUCGCGUUAACGCAUUCAUUAAUUAACGCC